CCCACAAAUUUCUGAGCUUAACCCUGCAGUUUCCAUGGAGAAAAACAACGAUUCAAACUCUUCUGUAUGCAGGAAAAUCCGUCAAGCACUUUCAGGCAACACUGCUGUCCGAGCCAUUCAACGCAUCUCAAGCUUUAAUCAAGAACCUAAACCUGUCACCACUAGUUCAAAUUCUCCAUCACCCCUCACUAAUAUUAGUGUCCAAAACCAACCACUUCCACAUCAUAAGGCUCAUACAGGAGGAUCAGGAGUAAUACCCAUCAAGUUUGACCACUCAACUGCAAAGUCAACGAAUAAUGGAAACAAAGCAGUCUCAAGUGUACCAAAAGAUGCUUCUGAAAAAGCAACCAAAGUGGCUAGCAAGGGUGAACCUCAACCUCAUGUUCCAAUGCAAUGGAAACAACAACAUGGUCAUGGGGUGGAACAGCCACAAGGUACGAAAUCAAUGAAUAUCAAUGACAUUUUUGAUGAUUUCAUUCAACGUACUGGGAACAAACUUAGAACCCUGUCAAACAUUGGUCGGGGUCAGACCAACCCUGUGGCUGCACCGGAACAUGAGGUUCACAAAAACGAAACCAAUAAAGACCAUCAUUUUUCAGAGUUUAUUCAACGUGCUAAGAAGAAGCUCAGAACCAAAACAACUGUUGGAAAGACUAGUUCCUUGAGAAAAGAGUAAGGCUCUGAAUAUUGAACUGGGGUGGGAGCCUCACAUCGAAUGUUCAUUUGUAAUGCUGGUGUUGGUAAAGUAGUGUGCAUCUAAUCUUAGGUUGUUCUUGAGUGGGAAUAAGGGUAUCCCUUAUAAUGGUCUGCAAUAACGUUUCUUUAGUAUUUCUGGUAAGGACAAUGUUUGGUUGAUAUCUUUUGCAUUGUCUACAUUUAGAAAGAGAUAAGGGAGAAAAGUGAUAGAUGAAAAAUGAUAAGAAAGAGAUUGAAAAAAAGGAGUAUUAAGUCAGUGUUGACACCCUUGAAGAAUUUAUAAAUCAAAAUUAUGCUAUUAAAUAUAUAGGUUGAUGUCUUGAUCUAUAUUUUGGUUGUGAUUCCCCUCUCUUUUAGUUGAAUAGUUGAAUUUAUUAUCUACUGCUGUAUAUAAGGUAAUCAAGAUGGCCUCUGCAGUAAAUAUUAUGUAAUUUCGAAUUUCCUAGUGCUUAUAUAUGCUCU